UAUAUAUAUAUAUAUAUAUAAAAAAUGUUUUUUUUGUUGUAACUGCAAAUAUUUGUGUGAACAUAGCCUUCGAUGGGCUAAUGGUGACGGCCACUUGAAGGUCACAUCCCGAACCUAUUCACUUUCAUUAGUUACAGUGCAGUAUUUGGCCACGCAGUUGAGGUCCUGUAUAGCCAUAGUGUUAUCAGAUUUACAUCUUAGUGAACAUUGAGGUAUUUAAAGGGGUACUCCGCCCCAAGACAUGGUAUCUCCUUUCUCCGGGCCGAGGCAGCAGGCACCGUGGCGUCACACUAUGCCCCCUCCAUUCAUGUCUAUGGGAGGGGGCUUGAAGGCUAGUACACGGCCAUGAUGUUUCCUCCAAUAGACAUGAAUGGAGGGGGCGUGGCGGCUAUCGCAGGGGUCCCCAGCGGCCGGAGGCUAGGGGAUAACAUCAGGCUAGCGGAAAACGUCUGAUCAUGGGGGUCCAGCCGCCGGGGACCACCACGAUAGCCGCCACGCCCUUUGUGUCCACCUUUUGGAUCCAAGCGCCCUCUCUCCUGCCCAGAAGAUAGGUGUAGGCCCUAGAGGUUGGAUAUUUAUGGCAUAUCAUGUGGAUAUCCCAUAAAUAUCCAGAUGGGAAUAACGUGCCCCUAGAAAGAGAGAAAAAACUUAAGAAAAAGUUUUUGUCACAUUUUAGCUUUUACUUGUUUGAAUAGUUUCCUUUGUAUCUCUUUUUUUUCCACUCACAAUUAUGGUAUCUUUCCCUUCUAAUUUCCUCUUUCUGCUUCCUAAUCUUUCUCCUUCCUUUCCCCUUCCCUGUCUAUAGCUUUUCAUGAAUGGAGGACCAUUACAUUGUCCUUAAUAAAAGCCUAUUGACACAUUGUUGAAGUUUAGAGAGACACCUGUACUUUUCAUUUCAUCCUCAGGGUCCCAGUCCAGUCAGCCAUGAAGAGAAAAGCCUGUGAGCAGCUGGCCGGAGAUGUCGUACGCCCUCAUUUUGUUGAAAAAGAAAAGGAGGGAAAAAGUGUAGCGGCAACAUGCUGGUGUCUGUGCUGCCGUCUUUACUUCUCCUGCUUCUCAGUUUUUCUGUGAGGACAUGGACCUCCAGACCGGCACGUGUCUACCUGUCAUACAAAGAGCUCAUGGAGUCUCGCACGGCUCGUUUCUUCAGCUUUGGCUUCAACACCAGCGAUUAUCGGAUCCUCCUCCUAGACCAGGACCAGGACCGCAUGUACGUAGGGAGCCGCGACUACCUGGUGUCAAUGGACCUUGGCAACAUCAAUCGGGAGCCCUUAAUUAUUCAUUGGCCCGCUGCCCCGAGUUGGCAAAAGGAAUGUCUCAUGGCCGGGAGGGGGAUGUCCGGGCAUGCUGGGAGUUGUAGUUUUGCAACAGCAGGAGGCACCUUGAUUCAUUGGCCCGCUGCCCCGAGUCGGCAAAAGGAAUGUCUCAUGGCCGGGAGGGGACGUGCAGAUGAGUGCGCCAACUACCUGCGUGUCAUUCAGCCGCUGAACCGGACACAUCUCUACGCGUGUGGGACAGGUGCCUAUCAGCCUCAGUGCACCCUUAUCUACCGGGGCUGGAGGUCAGAGGUGAGGAAUGUGACAUCGCUGUGGGAGAGACAGGAUUAUGUAUUCCGAAUUAUUUCUGGUUCUCACGAAUCCGGAAAAGGGAGGUGCCCCUAUGAUCCCAAGCAAGAAAACAUGGCCACUAUUAUUGAUGGGGUGCUGUAUGCUGGGGUGCAGGUGGACUACAUGGGGACGGACUCUGCAAUUUUCCGUACAAUGGGUCACAGACUUCCGAUCCGCACAGAGCAGUAUGACUCUCGCUGGCUGAAUGACCCUGUAUUUGUGGGAUCGCUGGUGGUGUCCGAGAGCAGCUUCAAAGAAGACGAUAAACUAUAUAUCUUAUUCCGAGAAAGGAGUCUGGAGGGGGAGAGCGGCCCCGCUAUGGUAUCACGGAUUGCCCGGAUUUGCUUGAAUGAUGAAGGCGGGAUGCGUUCGCUGGUUGGAAAGUGGACAUCCUUCCUUAAGGCAAGGCUUGUGUGCUCCGUCAUUGGUCCAGAUGGAGUGGAAACAUCUUUUGAUCAGCUACGGGAUAUAUUCAUCCAGCAGACUCAGGACAAGCAGAACCCCCUGAUUUAUGGGGUGUUCACCACAUUAGGUUCCGUGUUCCGGGGCUCUGCCGUCUGUGUGUUCUCUCUUGCUGACAUCCGUGCAGUGUUUAAUGGGCCAUUCGCACACAAGGAGGGACAUGGGUACCAGAUGACUGCGUAUACAGGGAAAACCCCCUAUCCCCGACCUGGAGCGUGUGCAGGUGGAUUCUCUGUCACCGGCAUCCACUCCAGUAAGCUUUUUGGGGAGGAUGUGCUUAGAUUUGUACGCACACAUCCCCUCAUGUAUACCUCCGUGUACCCCGUCCACCGGAGGCCUCUGCUCCUGCUGUCAGAUGCCUUGUACACGUACACUAGCAUUGCUGUAGACACUGUGCCCGCUGCUGAUGGGGAGUACACGGUCCUGUUUUUGGGCACUGAUCGUGGUACAGUGCAGAAGGUGAUGAUCCUGCCCAAAGGUCCUGAGGAGACAGAAGGCAUCACUCUGGAGGAGGUGGAAGUGUUUAAGGUGCCAUCCCCUAUUAAAAACAUCAAAAUUUCAUCUAAGAGGCACCAGUUAUACGUCUCUUCAGAUGUGGGGGUGACACAGCUUUCUCUCCAUCGCUGUCCAGUCUACGGGAAGACUUGUGCAGACUGCUGUCUCUCCAGGGACCCUUAUUGUGCCUGGGACGGGAAUACAAACGCCUGCGCACGUUACACCCCAUCACCCGUGCGACGGAAUAGGCGACAGGAUGUUAAACAUGGCGACCCAAUGAGGCAGUGCCGAGGCUACAACAUGCAAGUAGAUCGAGGGGUCUCGGAGAAGUUGCAGAUAGGAGUUGAAGGGGGAACUGUAUUUCUCCAGUGUGACACAAACUCUCCCCUGGAAAGUGUCACGUGGUUACUGCAGAGAGAAGGAACCCAGCACCGAAAAGAGGUCCGUCUUCACCCUAUGGAAGGAGGCGCCAUUCUACGCUCUGUACAGAUCAAUGACGCAGGCCUCUAUACCUGCCUGGGGACAGAAAAUGGUUUCCGGCGCUCACGUAGCAAAAUAAGACUAAGUGUUCUACCCCGCGAAAUGUUAGAAAAACUGACAGCUGCCCCCACUAUGCUCCCAUUGGCAGCACAGUGCCCACCCACCCGCGGCAGGCAGAAAUCAAGAGCACAAGCGGAAAGGAACUGAGGGGGGUUCAAGUAUGGACGUACCCGUAAGGAGAGAGCUGGCCGCCUGCAGCCCCACCGCCCAACUUUAUCAAACACAAGAGACUCCGACUGCUGGGAGACUGUGGAGGCGGCACCUUCCCUGCUGACUGGCAGACGUGCCGUCUAUAGGGAGCAGAUGAGUAUUGGUUUGUGUAGGGGGUGAAAGGUGUUAGUGGUAGUAAGACAUUCCAGAACGAUACUUUGUAUAGAGAAGCGUGUGAGUGAGUAUGUAGUGAGCGUGUGACGUAUUCCUAUUUAUCACAAACACUGGAUGCCAGAUUUCUUGUUUUUUUGCCCUGUGAGAGGCUGCCAUGUUGUGUACCCAUUCUCGGCCUCAUGUAUUCGAUUUCCUGCACAAGAGAUUGAGUUGCACCACAUUGAACUGGACAGAUGCCAGGCGACACUGCUGGCCCUCCUGUAACUAGUCAUAUCAGGUCACAAACUGCAGUAAGAUAUUAAAUCUAUUUUGUAUCUGGUCCUUGUUACAGUAUUUUCAGUGAACCCGUCAAGUCCCCGAUCUCCUGUGUUCCUGCUCACGUUUUUAUAUAUUUAUAUAUUUUAUCUUUUUGCUAAUAUCUUUGCCGU